UAGCCGAGGAUCGACGCGCACCCACACACACACCUUUACGCACACAGGGAAGCAGAGGGAUUACAGUGGUAUAGAGACUCAUACACUGACCAGGGAUGAAGGGGGCCAAACUAACAGUGAGGAACCACAGGAGAAAUGAACCAGAAAUAGUUGCUGAUACUGCAGAUCAGCGUCCCGACAGCAGUCAUGCCUCGCCCCUCUCCGCCCUCGCUCGUCUCUAUGUGUACGCUCUGCACGGCUGCCUCUGCGAGGUGGCCUUCACCGCUGUGCUGGACUGGUUCUCCACCCAGGACAGGAGGCUGGCGGGUCACAGCAGCCUGUGGGCGCUGCCCAUGUACGCCAUAGCCAUCUUCCUCCUGGAGGGCCUGAGGGGGCGGCUGCUGGGACAGGCGCUGCCCGUGCGACUGGCGGUCUACACCUCGUUCAUCUAUCUGUGGGAGUUCAGCUGGGGAGCGGGGCUGCGGCUGUUGGGGGCCUGUCCCUGGGACUAUUCGGGUUAUCGAUUUAACCUGAGAGGGCUGGUGACUCUGGAAUAUGCUCUACCCUGGGCUGUGGCAGCAUUUAUAGCUGAGCAGCAUGUAAUCAGGAACACUUUAAGGAUAAGGCUGUUCCACUGAGCUCCCAUGAAAACCUCCAACUGUGCUUCAAACUCAUUCACUUCCAUAAUCCAUUGUACCAAUUCCAUAUCAGUUUGGCUUUUUAACACACUCCUGGAGUUCCAGAACUACUACCAUAGCUGUAAUUGUGACUCCUCGGACAUUAUUUGUAUAUAAUUAAGAUUAUAUUGAAACGAUCAAAGAGUAUCUGGUUGAAUAGGUAAAAAAAAAAACCCCAUCAGAACCCAAAAUAAAACUAUAAUGACUGAGUUUUUAUUUUUUUAAUGACAGGACUUUCUACCUUGUAAACCAUGAAUAUAGAGCAAUGAAGGCCUUUAGCUCAUCCACAGUCAUAUUCCAUGAACGAAUCUCUCUGACUCUGUGUGCCAAUUGAGACAUCUGAGAUUGCUGUGGGAUAAUUUGCAUUGUUUGUUUUUAAUUGUUUUUUUUUUUUUGCUUUUUUUUUUUGUUGUUCUUGCUGUAACAAGUAUCAAAGCACUUGGACUCUUGCAAUCUGCUCCCAAAAAUUCCAGUACGGUAUGAAUAUUUGCGACGUCCAAAAUCGCUGAUUCACAACUUUUUUUAAAUAUAGUAGAGUGUAGUAAAUUAUCAUGUUAUAAAAUAUUGAUUGCUCUGAAAUACCAAAUAAUGUUGGAUUUUAAUUUAUGAAAUAAAACAAAGCCAAAUGAGUGGUGCUACUGUCACCGGAAAUAAAAUAAAUCUUCAAAA